CGCCCGCGACCGGUUUGGAUUUGUCUCUCCCAUCCUCUUUGGGUCCUCAUCCCUCCCUGGACUUUCCAGCUGCCCCCUCAGCCUUCACUGCCCUGUGAACAUGUUGGUGAUUCUUGCCUUCAUCAUCAUCUUCCACAUCGUAAUUUUGUCGCUGUUGUUCAUUUCCACCAUUAACAAUGCCUGGUGGGUAGGAGAAACCUUCUCGGCAGACAUCUGGAGACUGUGCUUCAACGGCACCAACUGCACAGAGAUCACCGACCUGAGAGGCAAUGAUGAUGGGUUUGCAGAUUACUCCAUCAUGCAGGCAGUGCAGGCCACCAUGAUCCUCUCCACCAUCCUCUGCUCCCUCUCCUUCCUCAUUUUUCUGCUGCAGCUCUUCCGCCUCAAGCAGGGAGAGAGGUUCAUCCUGACCGCCAUCAUCCAGCUCAUGUCAUGUCUGUGUGUCAUGAUCGGGGCUUCCAUUUAUACAGACCGUCGCCAAGACCUUCACAAACAAUACAACGACGACGUCUAUUACAUGAUGCAAGAAGGCACCUAUGGCUACUCUUUCAUUCUAGCCUGGGUGUCCUUCUCCUUCACUUUCAUCAGCGGCCUCAUGUACAUGAUCCUGAGGAAGCGCAAAUAGGUUUCAGGAGCCCGGCCACUCUCCCCACAGUAUGGCAUACACAUUCACGUAACCAUUUUGUAUAUAAUCAUUUUUUUUGUGGUUUUUCUAGCAAACCUAUUGUUUCCUUUAAAAUCUUUUAUAAAAAAAGAAGAAAAGAGAGAGAAGAGUUUCUUCGUUCUUGUGAUCAGAGACUACACCACAAAGGCUGGCAUUCAGAAUGCAAGCCCACUGAAAGUCUCUGCAAGGGCCAGCAAGAUCCAGCAAUGUGGAAAUCUGCAGGAAACCUCUCACCCAAGGACCUGGGGUGGGGUGUGGCCAAAGGUGGGAAAAGCCUGUCUUCAGGGACAAGUUCUCUGUAGGUUUCUGCCCCGCCCCCUCCCCCUGCUCACUCUACUCUGACAGUCACAGGUGGGAUGAUGAGGAGCCCAAGUGAGGGCUGUCUAUCCUCAGAUAUUAACCCCUAGUUCGUGUAAGAAGGCAAAGACUGGCCCUGGUUUGUCUGUAUGGGACCUAGAGCCCCAGUCCCCCUACAGUGAGUUAGGUCAUCAUGCAAACUUUCUGACAGGCUCCUGUUUACCUUAAGCUUAGUGACCCUUAACUGAGAUGUCAUGUGUAGGCAUUGAGUCUCCAUAGGUAAUUCCUUAGGGCAUCUGUUACAUGCAGUCUCAAGUCCACUUCAAAGACCCUCAGAAUCAUUCACCAAAAGGGUGGGCCUGCAGUAUACUUAGAUGAACUAAAACUGGGGGUCAGAGUCCUAGAGCGAGGGGAGCAGAGCCACCCUGUAAAUGGUAGCAGUCUCAUCACACUGAAAUGGCCCCACUGCCAGCCACAUCUUGGCCUCCACCAGCUCUUGCUACUUCUCCCACAGCUGCUUAUAUUGGGGCCACUUGUGCCCCACCCCCAGGCCAUAAGCCUCCACCCGGGAGGUGGGCUGGGCAGCUUCCUCCCUGUCCUGUCCUAGAAGGGCUUUCCUUUUCUUCUCACUCUUCUUUCUAAGGUGGGUGCUUCCAUUAGGCCCCUAUUUCUGGAGUCUCAGAAGAUCCAUCUUCCAUUCAUUCAUCUACCUGUCAUUCAACAUGGAUUGGUCUUGCCCUGUGUCAGGUCAAGGGUUACCUUUCAAAACAAUUCCUUGUGAGACUCAGUCUAGUGAAGAAUACACACCAGAAACCAACUAUAAAAACUACCAACCGUGAUGGAGCAGCAGGGACCCCACCAGAGUCAAAACCUCCCAGGGCGAUAGGAAGCCCACUUUCUGCAUACUUGACUAUAAGUGUCUCGAGGUGCCUGUGCUUCUGUAGAGGAUCCCACACUUCCCACAGUGAGACAGCGGGAAAGGAUUCCCAGAGCCAUGGCUCUCAAGAUGGGCAUUGAAGGAGAAUCCGGCUGUACUCCAGUCAAUUCCAAGGAUGCCCUGAUAAAUGUGGCCAUGGGAAGGUUGUUAGUAGCACUGGAGGAGUGAUGUGCCAUACCCGAGGCCCAAGAACUCUAGGAUGGCAGCUUUCUCCCUUUGGUACCCUUUCCCAUCUUUUGAGCAUCAAGUCGGAGAGGUGACUCUGGGACAGGGUGUGCAGAUUUGCCUUGUUUAAACAUAUUCACAUGUGAGCUUCUGUUGAGGGGUUGUUUACCUUUAGCUCAGUACCAGUGAGGCUGGGGGAUUGGGUCUCAGUGGCUUUAGGGCUACCACAGACACCUCCUCAGUACAAGCCUGGCUUCCCUCCCUUCAUCUCUCCUAUCCCCUUUCCUUCCUUCCCUUGAAGACCUGCCAAGGAGAACCUCCCACAGCUCACUGUUGGCUAUAUUGUAGGGUUGGCUCACUGUCUUGUGACGCUCAAGGAGGUCGGCCUGUCUAAAGUGUCCUCUACACCUUCCCUGUGGGGACUUUUCUGCCAUAACGUCCUCUAGUCAUGAUAGAGACAAACAGCCCAACCCACAGGCAUGGAAGUGUGGCCUGAGCCAGCACAAAUACCCACCUCAGAAACCCAGAGCUGCAGAAGGAACCGUCUGAUGUGAUGGGGAUGGUCCUGUGGGUUGUCUUGGCUGCUUGCCACUGUGGCCAACAUCCAGUGCCCACAUCUAGCUGUGACAUGAGAGGUGCCUCUCCUCUGCUCUGUGCCCUGCACUUGGGAUGCUAGAAAGAGAUGCGGAUGUGAGGAAGAACAGAUCCACCCUUCUAUGUAGGAUCAGCUCUCAAUUGGUGCUUAUCACUAGUUACCAAAGAUCAACGACAAAGUCAGCUGGGAUAUCCAAGAAGCAUGUAUUAGGACCAAACCCAUCACUGUAUUUAAAGGAACUCUAGUUUGCGCAUCUUACAACAUUUUUAUAAAGUACUGUAAUUCAUGGGGUGGGGCAUGUGACAGAGACAGACUAACCCAUGUUUGUCAUUUGCAUUAAAAUUAUUUUGGGUCUCUGUUUAAAGAAUUCA